UCAAAACCUUCACAUCAAUUGUUUGUACAUUUACACGUAGCAUAUAACUUAUUUAAUCAUACAUCAAUAUGACGGUUGGAAGUAAAAUCAUUUUUAAACGUCAAUAUAAACAAAUCCCAGCCAAUCCAUUGAGAUUAAUAUUUGAAAUAAUAAUAUGUAUUUUAUUAAUAAUACCAGCUAUUCUCUGGGCUGUAAUUAAAUUGUUUUUUAAAACACCACAAAAAAAUGUAAGAGGACAAGUGGUUAUGAUUACAGGAGCAGCUCGAGGUUUGGGUCGUGAGCUUUGUAAAAGAUUCCAUAUUUUGGGUGCCAAAGUGAUUUGCAUCGAUAUCGACGGAGAAGGAUGCGCAGAUACCGCAAAUGCGAUCAUUCAACAAGGUGGAACGGCUAUGAGUUACCAAGUCGACGUGACCGAUCGACAACAGAUUAAAGCUAUGCACGCAGCUGUAAGGAAAGAAUUUGGUCCUGUAGACAUAUUAGUCAACAAUGCAGGUAUCGUUUUGGCUCAUAUGUAUGUCAAUCCUGAAUCCGAUGAGCUCAUAAAGGAUUUGAUUGAUGUUAAUCUUCUUGGUCAAAUUUGGAUGAACAGGGAAAUAUUGCCCUCGAUGCUGGAGAGAAACCGAGGACAAAUCGUCGCUAUAUCCUCCAUGUCAUCGAUGAGUGGGUUAUCUGGAAUAUCAACCUAUACGGCCACCAAAUGGGCGACAAAUGGUAUGAUGGAGAGUUUGCAUAAUGAAUUGAGAGAAUUGAAAUCGGCCGUAGUAUCUACGACAGUGUGUCCAUACUUUAUUGAGACCAAUCCGGAAAUCUCGAAACAUUUAGAGCUAAGAUUACCAGAAAUGCCUACGUAUUUUGUUGGUGAUAUCGUCAUGAAUGGCAUACUAGAAAAUCGACGAAUUUUUUCAGUGCCCAAAUAUUUUAUGUUGCCAGUCGCUUUCGUCAGAUUACUACCCGAUAACUUGCAAUCGUUGAUUAACAAAAUAUUCUAUGUAAAUAUUAUUGGCUUUCCAAAAGAUAUAGAAUUGAUGAAAAAAUAUCAACAACAGUAA